AUGGCGCAUCCCGGGCCCCCCACAAACAUCCCACAUUCAGAGAAUGUUGUAUCUCUGUCCAUCAUCGACACAACGUCCACUAUAGCCGCGCCCGCAAAGUCCUUCGUAAAGCCUGUGCUCAAGGGCCAUGAAGUCUGGAAAGUGCCCGCCUACGCCUUUCUAAUCACGAACAGGCAGCAGAACCGCACAAUUCUCUUCGACUUGGGUGUACGCAAAGACUGGGACAACCUGGCGCCAGCAUUAUUCAAGCGCCUCAAAGCAAAUGGUUUCGAUGUAGAAACCAAAAAAGGCGUUCGUGAGAUCUUGGACGAAGAAGGAAUUGAUACUUCAGCGGACAACAUUGAGGCGAUAAUUUGGAGCCACGGGCAUUUCGACCAUACUGGGGAUCCAUCUACAUUCGACUCCGGCACAGCACUGGUCAUUGGGCCAGGAAUCAAGCAGAAUCUCAUGCCUGGAUACCCUACCAACCAGAACAGCAGCUUGCUGGAUUCCGACUUUGAGGGCCGAGAAGUGCGGGAAGUCAACUUUGACGAAGCGAAACUGCAGAUUGGCCGAUUCACAGCCUUUGACUACUUUGACGACGGCAGCUUCUACCUGCUUAAUGCGCCGGGCCAUGCUCACGGACAUAUGUGCGCUUUGGCUCGUCUGACUAGCAACCCUGCUUCGUUUGUUUUUCUGGGUGGCGAUGCGGCACAUCAUGGUGGUGAAAUCAGGCCGAGCGAGAGGAUGCCAUUUCCUGAUACACUGGCUUCCUUGGUUGGGAAUGGUGGUACAUUUUGUCCGGGCGACUUGUGCUCGAAGCUGUCUGAGGAAUGUAAUGAUACCACGCCGAUUUACCGGCCGACGGAAGCAGGGAGUCACUUGGAUGCUCCGACUGCGAGAGAAACUGUCGGGAAGUUGCAGGACCUUGAUGCGCUGGAGAAUGUGUUUGUUGUUCUGGCUCAUGAUACUAGCUUGUUGGAUAUUGUGGACUUCUUCCCAAAGACGACUGAGGGGUUUGGGGAGAAGGGAUGGAAGGGGAAGGCGCGGUGGGCAUUUCUGAAGGAUUUCCAAGAGAUAGCCGAGGGAUGA